GUAGUGGACGGUUUCUGUGGUUCUUGGUCGAUUGAGUAAUAAAACUAUGUUCUUAACGCUUUUGAUAUCACUGCUGACGUUGCUCGUAGUCGGCGACUACUUGAAAAAAAGGCGACAUAACGAGAUUUUUAAGAAAAAUGGCAUUAACUCUAUGCCAAGCCUGCCAAUUAUAGGCGUGGCACAUCAUCUCAUCAAAAAGACACCUGCUGAUAUGAUAGAGUUCACUGGCGAUGUGCUUAAAAAUAUCGGCAAAACCUGCAACUUAUGGCUUUUAAACCAGUCAUCGAUUUUAACAGCAGAUCCCGUAUUUCUCGAACCACUCUUGAGCAGUCAAAAAGUGUUGACGAAAAACAAUCUUUACGGGCUGCUCAGCCCGUGGUUGCGUGAGGGUUUGCUACUUAGCACCGGACCUAAAUGGCAUAGUCGACGAAAGAUCAUUACGCCCACAUUCCAUUUCAAAAUCUUGGAAGAAUUCGUCGGUGUUUUCGAGCGGCAGAGUAAUGUUAUGAUGGAUUUGUUGAGGGAUAAAGCUGAUGGUGAGACAGUGGUGAAUCUGUAUUCGUUUGUUUGUGCCAUGGCGUUGGAUGUGAUAGCGGAAACCGCCAUGGGCGUGAAAAUUCAUGCGCAGUUACAACCAGAUUUACCUUAUGUGAAAGCCGUGCGUACCGUUUCGGCUAUUACUUCGGCGCGUUUUAUAUCAGUGCUGCAGAGGUUCGAUUUCUGGCUAUGGCUCACUGCUAACUCCACAUAUAAGCAACUCCACAGUAGCAUUGCGCUAAUGCACGAUUUCACCGGGAAAGUUAUCGAAGAGCGACGAAAGCUGCUGGAAAAAAAUAUAAAAAAUCCACAAGCAACACAAACCAAAUUACACGACGACGAUGACGAAGAUUUUGGCCGCAAAAAACACACCGCUUUCCUGGAUAUGUUGUUGUUGGCAGAUAUUAACGGUCAACCACUCACCAACAACGAUAUACGCGAGGAAGUGGACACAUUCAUGUUUGAGGGUCACGAUACCACGACUAGCGGCAUUGCAUUCACAUGUUAUUUGCUCUCGCGUCACCCGAACGUACAGCAGAAGGUGUUCGAGGAGAUACGCGCUGUGAUAGGUGAUGAUAAGCAGCGACCGAUCACGUUACGCGAUCUACAAGAACUAAAAUACUUGGAAUGUGUUAUAAAGGAAUCGAUGCGUCUGUAUCCGCCAGUACCCUCUAUUGGACGGCAUAUUGAGCAGGAUAUUUAUUUUGACGGCAAGCUGUUUCCUGCCAAUACCAAUGUGACAGUUAUGAUUUAUCACGUAUUGCGUGAUCCUGCGUAUUUCAAGGAUCCCGAAAAGUUUAUACCUGAACGUUUUUACAGCGAUAAUGCCGAAAAAAUAAAUACCUUUGCCUAUGUUCCCUUCAGUGCUGGUCCACGUAAUUGUGUCGGUCAAAAAUUUGCUUUACUCGAGAUGAAGAGCACGAUUUCUAAGAUUUUGCGUCACUAUGAACUAUUGCCACUCGGAGAGGACGUGCGUCCUUUAAUGAACUUGGUUCUUGUUUCUUCAAAUGGUGUUAAUAUGGGCUUAAAAUCAAGGUUAUGCAUAUCAUAACUGAUUCAUGGAUAUGUUUAAUCAUUGAGAAUGUUUUC